UUGACGUUUCAAUGUUUUGACGUAAACAAGAAAUACGCCCGUGAAAAUAUUUUGCUGCUCAAUUAUGUAUUAAUUCCAGAGCUCUAAUUAAAACGAUCAGCUCCCGUGGAUAAUCGCAUACACUUUCCAAUAGCCAAUCGGAUCCUGUAGUCUUUCCUUCCUAUAUUCUUCAAAAGUGCGUGGAAACAUAUCAAAGAGUGACCAAAUGAGAUAUCAAUGCGAUCGUCAGUGAGCUACAUCCUGUCUCACGCGCCCGGAGAGUCGGUGAUGUCGCACCCCGACUACGCGCAGCAGGCGCAGCACCAUGCCUGCCUGCUGGUGCUCGUCAAAGGCGUCGGGGGCAUGCUGAAGAACUUUAACAAGCUGUGGGAGAGGAUACAGAGAGUCAACAAUAUUAAAGUUACUGACUCAAGUGGUCAAGUCAGAGACAUCUGGGUGCGCUAUGUUCGAGACUAUCCUGUGGAAAAUAAUGAUUGGGGUGACUUUCAAACACACAGGAGGCUCCUUGGCCUUAUAACACUAAGCAAAUUCAACAACCAAGUAGAGCUGAAUGAAGUGUGCCGCGUCCAUGAAUCGCUAAAAGUGAAGUACUCCAAUACUUUGUAUGAUUCCCGGGCGUUUAUGUUCGGCCCAGUGAGCAAUAUGAAGAGACCGGAACAGGAGCCUGAGACGUACAGCUACGAGGAUGACAAGUCGAGAGGAAGCCUUGGUGACAGAUCAUCAAUCCCCAGUGAACACGCAGACAGCCUGUCAUCAGCCGAAAGCUUCCCCCAAUCAGCCUCGUCCAGUGCCUCCAUUCCCCUCCCCGAAGAAAACUUCACCACCCCCUCCAACUUCAAGACAAACGCCAUGUUCUAUGGAGAGAAUGAUCCUGUGCCAGAUUUGGAACAAAAUGUGGCUGAUCUGAUUAAUGCACUGUUCUGGGUGGUUGAGUCUAGGAGGUUGGAAAGAUCUAGAGAAAAACUGGAAAAGGUGUCACUGCUUUUGGCGCCUUUUGAGAAGAAGGACUUUGUUGGGCUGGAUAUGGAGUCUCGAAACAACAAGAAGCGUUGUAUGGGCCGAGUGACAAAGAAUCUAGCCGACUUGACCCUGCAAUCCGGUCUCGUGUCUGAGAGCCUGAGUCUCUACCACUCGUCUGCGGAGAUACUGAAAUCGGUUAAUGACUGGCUGUGGCUUGCUGCUGCUAAAGAAGGGCUCUGCGCAUCGUCCGCCAUUCUACUCUACCCGAAUUUAAGGAACCCCACUCCUCUACAAAGAAACGCAAGCUUGCAAGAGAGCUCUCCCAACAAGUCCAAAUCUUUAACCCUAUUCCAAUCCCAAACAGACCCUUUCCGAAAAUUCAAAACCACCUCAUCACCUCUCCGUUCCUCAAAGACCUCUAGUCCAGUGAACCCUCCUAGUGAAUUAACCCCUUCAUCAUCAGACAGUAUCGAAUCAUCUUCGCGACAAUCCGAAACAGACAACGCCGACUCAGAAUCCUUAGCAUCAUCCAGCGACAUCGAAUACCAGAGCCAAAAAUCGUACUUAGGUCCAGACUUGCCUUCAAUCCCUAGACAACCUCAGUCGCAAAUCAUCAACCAAUACUUGCUGAAUGGAGAUGAUAUAGUAGAGAAGUACCGUAAAGCUAUAAUACACUACAGCAAGUAUCAAAAUGCUGGUAUAAUUGAAACGGAGGCGUGUUUCAAAGCGGCGAGGAUAGCCGUGGAACAGGGGAACUGUCUUCAUGUGUCGGGUUUUCUGCAGAAUGUGAUAUUUAUCAAUCUCACUUUGAGCGAGCAGGAGAAGAUACAGAGAUUUGACACGCUGGCUGAGCUUUACAUGGAAAUCGGAUUUCUCCGCAAAGCCGCCUUCUGCCAGCGUCUGGCAGCAACUCGUCACGUGAGCAGCAACAACCCCAACCCGGACUGGCAGCGGUGCUACUACCUGAUGCUUCACAGCUUCCCGGGACAGAAGCUCAGCCUGGACCCUAACUACGUCAUACAGCAUCAAGUUGGUUGGCCAGCCCUUCAAAUCCAGCUGCUCCAAGAGUUGGUGAUCGCUGCUCGCCGUAUGGGACACCCCGCCCUUGCUACAAGACACAUGACUUUCCUACUACAGACCAUGUGGCCGCAUCUUACUAAACAGCAACAUAAGGAGUUCGCAAUACAGCUGCAGGCACUCUCAGCGCAAUGCGAAGGCGGCCCAGUGCCCCUAGCUGAAACAGGCGAAGUGAUCCCCCCGGCCAACCUCACCCACGUGCCGUCCUGCUCCGCGCUCGCGCCCCGCCCCGCGCCGCCGGCGAGGGCGCCUCAUCUGAUAAAGUGUAAAACACAGAGCGGCCCGUUUAUAUUCACGCCUAUACACUUUGGCAGCUUAGAGAGGAAGGCUAAGAAAGAUGAGGGGAAGAUGGAAUACCUCUGGGUAGAAGACGACAUAUGCGAAGUCCAAAUGAAGCUAACCAAUCCACUGCCGUUCGAACUAAAAGUGUCCAACAUGCGCCUUCUCACCUCAGGCAUAGUCUUCGAAUCCAUUCCAGAAACUAUCAUACUACCCCCUGACUCCCCUACUACUGUCAACCUCCAUGGAACUCCAAAAGAAGUGGGAGAUUUACAAAUCAUGGGGUACUCCACACAUACUCUAGGAGUAAAAUCUAAUUGUAGACUCAAAAAUAUGCCUACACCGAACAAAUUCCCAGCUUCAUACACUAUAGAAGUGAUCCCAAGUCUACCCACAAUAACUAUAGAGACUACGGUGGCGCCAUCUGGUAAUUUGAACUUGCCAAAUGUGGAGAAUGUUGGCAGUAUCACGAAUAUUUCGCUGCAUAAUGGGGAGAGCACGGAUUGCACCAUGAAGAUAACUAAUACUAGUAAUGUGCCUAUUGAGUAUUUGGAUUUGGCGAUUCAGUCAAACAUGGACACCCAACUCCAAUCAAAAGUGUUCCAAUGGUCCAACGACGACAUCCAAUCGCAACUGCCAAUCCAGCCCAACUCCACCGCUACUAUAACCAUGAAACUUUACGGAGAAGCGGACUUCCUAGACCUCGGAGGUGUUGGUGGGGAAAACAUGUUCCCGAAUAGUUUGACGUCGAAUUACCCGUCGAGAGUUGGGUCGCCGGUGCCUAAUGCUCAGACGUCAUUGCCUACGCAAAGUUCCAAUGCUUCCAAUGCGCAUACGUCGCUUAGCAGUGGGAUGGUGCCUAAUAGGAAUCUCUCAGGAAGUUUUAGAUCGACCAACUCUCACACAACCAACUGGUCAGCCCCUAUAUCAGUGAUGCCACCUUCACGCGGCAGACAGAUUGAAACACAGGUGAUAAUAAGAUACUCUGGCGGCAGAGGUAAAGAGAUGCACUGCCGGCAAUCCACUCUACAGAUCAAUCUAGAAUUGUUGCCGAGCGUGUCCAUCACUCACUGGGACGUACUACCUGCGGAAAUCCCUAGCCAACUCUACCUUGUGCUCGACGUGUCAAACCUGACGUCAGAAGAGAUGGAAUUCCAUUACGCGCCACAAAAGCACAUUCUCAUAGAGAGCCGAGAAUCCUGCCGAGUGCCCGUGCCACUACCGAGGUGUCCUUUCAACGUUCAACCCUGCAAGAAGGACGAAGAUGCCAUGGAAUCCAAGUCAAUAAGCACCGGAACGUCCACCAACAGCCUAGAACUCAUGUGUUCUGAACACAUCACCAACAACGUGGAACUGCAGUGGCACCUCGUCCACUCUGACAUACGUGGCCGCGCUUCUGUCAAGGGCAUAACGUUGUCGCAAGCUAUGAUGGAUAUUGUUCGCAUGUCGCCAUUGAACUGGGAAGUAAGCGUGAACUCUCAAUGCAUCAAACCUCAAGAAGAGUACAGCUGUACAGCUGGCGAAUGCAUCUCGCUCGGCGUGGCUGUAUGGAACCAUCUUAGCAGACCGUUGCAUAGACUCUGUCUGUCAGUUCAACUGUAUCAGGACUACAAUAAUGGCGUGCUGAGCUAUAAGCUGGAUAACAGGGUUGCUACUGCUGGAAAUAACAAAGUGGUCCUCACAACACUGCCGGAAUCCGCUAAAGCGUAUCACGAAUGCACAGUCGUGUUCCUCACACCCGGCGAAUACAAAAUCGACAUCCAGUGCUCGACCACAGAACCAAUAUUAGAUGACCCCUCCAUGGAAGACCAUCAGUCCUUGAUCCAAACUUGCGCGGAGGUCAGCCAUACCUGGCGAUUCAUACCGCCAGUCGCUAUCAGUGUAACUGACUAGUUUUAAGCACAAUUGUUUAUUUUGUUAUGAAUCUAAAGUAUUUAUUGGCACGUUUAUUUAUAUAUGAGGCUCGUUAUUGUAUGUUCAAUUGUUCAGGUUACUAAUUAGGGCGCUAGUAGUUAUGGUUUUCAGUUCUGAGGAUGUUUUCUGCAACUAUUUCUACAUGCUCUUAAAUUAUAAGCGAAGUAGCCUGUGCUGACGGUUAGAGUAUAAUUAUAAAAUAUAUUUUUCAUUUAUUUAA